AACCUGCCUUCGGGGAAGUGAAGUUUGUCAACGGGAGACCCCUGCCCAAUGCCAUCAGGCUGCGGAUUGUGGAACUGGCGCAACUGGGUAUCAGGCCUUGUGACAUCAGCCGGCAGCUCCGCGUUUCCCACGGCUGGGUCAGCAAGCCUCGGGUCACCACCCCCACGGUGGUAAAACAUAUCCGGACCUACAAACAAAGGGAUCCGGGCAUCUUCGCCUGGGAGAUCCGGGAUCGCCUGCUGGCCGAUGGCGUGUGUGACAAGUACAACGUGCCGUCGGUCAGCUCCAUCAGCCGCAUCCUCCGGAACAAAAUCGGGAACCUGUCUCAGCAGAGUCACUACGAGUCCUACAAGCAGCACCAGCCGCCCCCACAGCCUGCUCUGCCCUACAACCACAUUUGGUCGAAAGGAGGUUUCCCGGUUUGCCCCGGGAAACCUCUCGCGUUUUCCCCAGCCCGGGCCGGGCACCGAGCUUACCGGAGGAUGUGCCUCGAGACGCGGCAGAUCGGAGGUCCCGGG